AAUGAACAAUUUCAUCCAUAAAACUCUUAGUAGCCAAAUGUAAAGUACAGUUGAGAACAUGGAGAAUUCAACAUUCAAUAAUACGAUUCACUUAUCAACGGCAGACUCAAUAAGUUCCGUUAUAACGACAGAAACUGUAUUUACGACUAUGGAUGUUGCAGUUCCAGUAUUUAAUAAAACCAUAGGAACAGAUGCAACUGACAUAACAACAAUUAAUUCAAUCAUCGAGUCAACGGUUCUGCUGGAUGAGUCAACGUUUCUGCUGGAUGAGUCAACUGCAAAUUUCACGGGUCAAUUCAACACCACUUUCGGAUUUAAUGGAACAGACAGGAAUAUUGAUAAGAAUGGGCUACUCCAGUGGGAAAACUACAAUCUAGCCAAAGCUCUAACACCAGUGACAAUUUAUCUUAUUAUCCUAAUGAUCAUAGGGAUAUUCGGAAACUCUCUGGUGAUAUAUGUUUACAAGUUUCGAUUCAAACGGAGUACAUCUAGAAUUUUCAUACUGAGUCUUGCUAUCUUUGACCUUUUGACAUGUCUGUUUGGGAUGCCGUAUCAUAUUUUGGACAUGAUAUACCCUCUAACUUUUGUUUGGAAUGGCGUUUGUAAAGGGUUAAGUUUCGCGCUGACGUUUACAAUUUUGGCAUCAAUAUUUGUAUUAAACUUGAUUGCAAUUGACCGCUACCGGAAAAUUUGUAUCCCUUUCAAAAAGCAACUUUCUGGAAAAGGGACAUUGAUAAUGUGCUGGGUGGUAGUUUUUGUUGCCCUCAUCAUGGCUGUUCCAAUUAUAUUUAUAUACGGUUCCGUAGAAGUGGAAACUAGAAUUCCAAAUGUUCCCGGAAUGGAAUGUUACAUUUCCGCCAAUCUUAUGGACUCGGUAAUACCAAUGAUUUAUGAUGCAACUAACAUUCUUAUUUUUGUAGUCACUGUCUUACUUUUAAGUGGGUUAUACAUAAAAGUUGGCAUUGUAGUUUGGGAAAGAAAACAAUUCCAUGAAAUAGUACGGAAUGCAUCUAAACAUUCGACUACAUCCGUAACUAGCACUCCGGAAACUAUGGUUUUCCAAAUGCAUACUCUAAACGAUGAGGCAAAACUUGGUGUUCAAUCAAACAAGAGCAAUAACGAAAAUGCUGUUCAACUGUAUAAGACAAAAACUUCAAUAUACAAACAACCAUCGAUAGAUUCAUCACGUAAUUCUCCAACAAUCAGAAAAAAAGAGAAAAAUGCACAACAAAAGCAAAUGAAGCGUUUGAUGUCCGAGUUGUCAACCGUUAGCGGCGACGAGUCAAAUACAACUGGUAAAUCAGCGUCAGUUUCGCAGAAAAAACAUAUGAGAACUCUACGAAUAACGGCCAUGUUGUUCAUCAUUACCUUGAUAUUUGUCGUGAGUUUCCUCCCUUAUCUGACAAUCCAGAUUAUGAAUGGAUCAAAUGAAAACUUUUGGAAUGAGAUGAGUAUUCCGGAACUGAUCCUAGUCCAUCUCCUGAUGAGAACUUACUUUAUAAAUAAUAUGAUCAAUCCAAUUGUCUAUUGGUUCUUGGAUAAAAAAUUUAAGCAGGAGGUGAAAAAAUUUUUCCGUGAUAUCAGCAAAUGUAAAUGGUCGAAAACCUUCAAACCAGGGAAUCGAUCGUUAACCUCAUAGUGCGUCUAAGUAUAGAAAAAAAUGCAAAAACAAUUUCACGAACUUGCAUUCUACAGUGAGAUUUAUAUUCAAAACAUAAAAAUAUUUGUCUGACCUUAUGUUUUCUCAGUUUUGGUGGACUGAACAGUCGAUUUAAGGAUGCGGGUAAUUUCGCUAAAAUAAGAAGUAAACAGAUAUGUGUUCCCAUGGAUACUUUAAGCACGAAGAGCAAUGUUCAUUUUCGAAGUAUAUUUAGAGAAAUGUAUCAAUUGAUUUUUUCGACUACUGUUGGUAUUCAUUAACAAGAAACCUUUCCAACAAUUAACUAAAUUAAUUUUCAAGAAACUGCGUUGGGCACAUUGUCUAAUUCGCCUUUUCAGAAUCUAAUGCAAUGUGGGUAAUAUUUUCAAAAGCGUACACUAAAAUGUUGUUAUUGGUUUAAAACUUUCUAAACAAUAGAAAUUGAAACAAUGACGUGAGGUUCUUUUCAUUUUGGUGUACGAACAAAAUGAGAUUACCCAUAUUCCUUUAUAUUCUGAUAAGGCGAACUGGUGUGGACACUAUCGUAAUAAAUAUUUUGUCCCUAUCUUAAAUUAUUCCUGUUCAAGUUAGAAAAUAUUAGGAAUCUAAUGUUUUUUUUAUGAUUUUAACUAUUCUUAAAAAGUUUUAUCGGGUCUUCUCGUUUGUUGCACAUAUGAGUUCGGUCUUCUCUCGGUAUAUUCUCAUUUAUGAUAGAUCAUGAUAUAUCCAAAUGACGUCCCUAUGACUUUUCUUUAGUGACUUCAAUUUAAAACCUAACUCGUAUCUAAUAUAUUAGUUUGGUUUGUUAAUAUUUUCCCCUGCGCUACUCUGAUUUAACUCCUAUAUAUUUAUGUACUGUCAUGUUAUUUUACAUAUCUGGAUAGCAGGAAAAAAAUUAGUACAUAAGGUACCAUAUCAAUCUCUUAUCAUAGCAUUAUCAUAAACUUAUUUUACACAAAACACGUAUAACCAACUGUUUUUUAUAGUUAAAAGAAUUUAAAAAUAUAUGUGCUUACUCUGUUUUAAUAUUAUUUUUAUGGUCCCGCCACAAAGUGGUCGGGCCAUAUAGUGUUACCCUUAUCCGUCUUUCCGUCAUUCUGCAACGAACAGUUAUACGAACUUUUUUUUCUAAACGCCUUCACAUAUUGAGCUGAUUUUUAGUAUGUGAGUCUAAUAUAAUGAGUUACAGAUCGAGUUUACGUUUGGUUCCGCUCCGCUGAUUUUUGCAGAAAUAACGGGCUUUAGAAAAUAACAGUUAUAAGGGUUUUUUUUCUAAACGCCUUCAAAUAUUGAGCUGAUUUUUAGUAUGUAAUAUAAAAAAAGAAGAUGUGGUAUGAUUGCCAAUGAGACAACUCUCCACAAGAGACCAAAUGACACAGAAAUUAACAACUAUAGGUUACCGUACGGCCUUCAACAAUGAGCAAAGCCCAUACCGCACAGUCAGCUUUAAAAGGCCCCGAAAUGACAAUGUAAAACAAUUCAAACGAGAAAACUAACGGCCUAAUUUAUGUACAAAAAAUGAACAAAAAACAAAUAUGUAACACAUAAACAAACGACAACCACUGAAUUACAGGCUCCUGACUUGGGACAGGCACAUACAUACAGAAUGUGGCGGGGUUAAACAUGUUAGAGGGAUUCCAACCCUCCCCCUAACCUGGGACAGUGGUGUUAGUCUACUAUGAUGAGUUACAGAUCGAGUUUAGGUUUAGUUCCGCUCCGCCGAUUUUUGCCGAAAUUGCGGGCUUUGGACUUUCAAAAUUUUGUGAAAAUAACAGUUAUACGGACUUUUUUUCUAAACGCCUUCACAUAUUGAGCUGAUUUUUGGUAUGUGAGUCUACUAUGAUGAGUUACAGAUCUAGUUUACGUUUUGUUCCGCUCCACUGAUGUGUGCCUAAGUUAGGGCUUUGGACUUUGAAAAUUUCGCAAAAAUAAGAGUUAUACGGACCUUCAUUCUCAAAUUUGCUCUCCUAAAAAUGGCUUCAAGCAGUAUUUGUGAGCGGGGCCAUUCGUGGCGUUUCGACACAUCUAGUUUAAUUAAACGAACAACGUGAAAGAUUUCUAGUAACUUUACUUUUGGGGAAAACGUCGUUACAAAAAAUGUUAAUACUCCUAUUUAUGAGGGUCUGGAUUGGAGGGGGUGUCUUCACUUCUGUAUUCUUAAUUUUUUCGGUCAUUUUUCUCUUUUUUUAAUACAUUUUGUCGAUUAUUCUCUAUUUUUUUAUACUUAAGAACCCCAGUAUUCUCUAUUCUUUAUUUUGUUGGCCCAUUUUAUACAGUUUUUGUCCAUUAUUCUCUAUUCUUUAUUUUUUGGCCCAUUUUUAUACAGUUUUUGUCCAUUAUUCUUUAUGAAGUAAACCAUAUCCAGACCCUCAUCUAUAUCUUUAAACUCGUCUCAAUUUGUUAGAAAAAGACUUAAACUUUUUCACAUAUCUUAAAAUGGACUUGAAUAUCAUAGGAAUAUUUAUAAUACAAGAUGGAUGUCACAGUGGAACACAGUUUUAUAUAGGAAUCUAUGUGGGAAACAUAUGAGAAAUAGCUCAGAUAUUGUCUAGUGGGGGCACAACCACUGCAUAAAUUCCUCGGAGAAAACACUGUCAAACAUACAUGUUAAACAUGUUUAACCCCUCCACAUUGUAUGUGCCUGUCUCAAAUCAGGAGCCUGUAGUUCAGUUGUUGUCGUUGGUUCAUGUCUGUCAUAUUUGGAAAUUGUUUUGUUAUAAAUUAUGCCGUUAGAUUUCUCAAUCGAAUUGUUUUAUAUUUUUCAUGUCGGGGCCUUUUAUUGUCGCCUAUAUGGUAUGGGGUUUUCUCAUUGUCGAAGGCGGUACAAUUGCCUAUAGAAUUGCUUACAUCCACUUCAUUUGAACUUUGGUGGAUAGUUGUCGCAUUGUCAAUCAUACCACAUCUCCUUGUUAUAGCACUAAAUAAAACAAUUACUAUCCACUCUGAUAUGUUUCCACACUUAUACAUAAUAUAAAUAUACGUUUCAUGAAUUUCUUUUAAAUGGACAUAACUUCAAAAAAGGGAGUAUAUUCGAUAAGGCUCCAAUAUGAUCUAGUUAUAUUUCAAAUUAGUAUUGAUCGCUAAAUUGAAUCAUUGUUGAAAAAAGAAAAGAUGGAAAAUCUCUUUAUUUCAGCCUUUCUGUUAUGAAGUCCCAAUUAGUACAAAUGACAAUUUCCGUUCAUUUUCGUGGUUGAUUGAUUGAUUGAUUGGUGUUUAACGCCACUUUCAACAUUAUUGUGCUAUUUCGUGGCGUUCAUUUUCAUGACCUGAAACACAUGACACGCGUCUUAAAAAAAGCCCUGUGUUAUAGUAAGUUCUUUUGUUGGGCUGUUGUGCUGGUAUACUACUGUUCCAGGUUACUGGGAUGGUUGGGCGCCCGCAAACAAGUUAUCCCACCAGAUUAUGUAUGUGUUGUCCCACGACAGGAAGGAGCCUGUAAUUCAAGAGUUGUCUUUUUUUUGCCGCAUAUCAAAUUUCUUUUUCGUUUAAUGUUUUGUACAUAUAUCAGGCCUAUGGUUUUCUGAUUUAAAUCUUUUAACAAUUGUCAUGUCGGGGCUUGUCAUACUUCAUAUGCGGUAUGGAUUUUUCUCAUUGUUCAAGACCGCACGGUGACCUGGAUUUUUCUCAUUGUUCAAGACCGCACGGUGACCUGGAUUUUUCUCAUUGUUCAAGACCGCACGGUGACCUGGAUUUUUCUCAUCGUUCAAGACCACACGGUGACCUAAAGUUGCUAAUUCCUACGUCAAAGUUGUCUUAUUUGUAAACAUACUUCCUCUAUUUUUUUUAUAUUGUAAUUGUUAUAGGCUUGAUGUGUUUGAAGUCAAGAAAAUCUCUUUAGGUCAAUUUGGUGCCUAAAUUUAUGUGACCAUUUCAAAGGAAAAGUUCUAUAUAAAUUGUUCUAUUUCACUUUCUGGAAUGUUCUUUUUCAUACAACUUUUCUUUACAACUCAUCAUGAAAUAAUGGACUUGAUAUCAUGGGCCAAAUAAGCCCCUUGUCGCUGCUACCCCUUACUCCAUUAAAGUUAAUACAUGAUUUUUGUUCAUUGCGAAGUUGCAUGUUUAUGUCCAGUCUUUCGUUUGCCAAUGCUUUAAUAUUCUAUUUAGACUGGUACCCGGCCGUUAUUUAACAAGUUUCCCAAUACAUACUGAAUAUUUUACGGAGGGGACCAACCUAUAUUCUACUGUACUGGAGAGUAUAUUGUUUUAUAUUAAUAAUAUAUAAAUUUAAUUUCAAUUUAAAUUCUAUGAGUAAUAAUAUUCACCAAUAUUCAUGCAGUAACCCUUUUAUCGAAGAGCAAAGCUUUAAAAUGUGUUUUAAACAACUUAUUUUUCUAAGUGAUGACCACACUAUUUGGUGCUUAAUUUGUACCAUUGCAAUAUCAAAAUUAGUGCAAGCUAACUUUUGGUCAAGUUCUGUAUUGUUGUUAUACAAUAACACUAAAUAUAAUGUAGACAUGUUAUAUAUUAAAAUAUUGUCAGUUUUUUCA